UACAGUAAUAUUUAGAUUUGCAAAGCACAGAUAUUAAAUACUCUUAAAUGGAAUCAAUAAUUAUGUUAAUCUAUCUCAGAAAAAAGGGUACAACAGCUGUCACUGGGGUGGUGUUCUUUUAAAAGCUACUAAUAUGCACUCUUUAGGUACUAAUUGGUACCUUUAAGCUACUAUUAUGAAAAGUCACUGCCCUAACGACAGCUUUUGAACCAUUUCUUCUGAGAAUGUAACACCAGCUGUUUCAAUUAUAGGAUACAAAUUUAUGGUAAAAACAGUGUCUUGAAAAUCUUUGAAGUGCAUUGUAUCAUGAUCACUAGAUGUCAUGCUUGUGGUGCUCUCAUACAAAUGCAGUUAUUUUAUUUGCAUAUAUGUAAAACAGAAUUCUUUGUUAUGAAUGGACUGUUAUGAAGCAGUUAAGUUUAAUCAGUAUAUACACAGAACAGCACAGUUUUAUAUAUAUAUCAGUGACAACUUAGGGACUCAUGUGCAACUCUUACAAAAGCUGCAGAGGUUCAAACAUUCACUGAUGCUCCAGAAGGAAGCAAGAUACAAUAAGGGUGAAAACUUUUGAACAGAAUGAAGAUGUGUACAUUUUUCUUAUUUUGUUCAAAUAUAUAUAUCUAAUAUAUUUUUUUAUUUAAUACUGCCCUUCAGGAGCAACAGAAGGUUUCCCAGAAGACAAAAUCAGUACAAUUUUCCCUGAACAUCAAAUUCAAAAUACCUAAUGUACAUUUCAUUGAUUUGUUGGAUGGACUUCCUGCCAGAACUGCACUGUAUUGCAUGGUCUAUAUUUUCUAUUCCUAAUUGCAGGUUACUUAACACAAACAGUAUUUAGUACUAAUACAUACUUUGCAUGAACUGUGUCCCACAGCUCUGCCGGUUCACAGCACCUGUGCCUCAUCUGGCAGUGUAUACAGGCAUUUGUGAAGCACAAUCCACUGCCUCCCCUGGGUUCAUGACAUUGCCCAACAGUGCUGCCUGUCCGUCUCCCAUCAGCGUCGCCAUCGACAGCACUCCAGCCUCAGAGAGGAGGUUUGAUGGCAACGGAGGGCCUUCCUCCUCCCAUUUCCCAUCAAUUGCAGAGGCAUCAGUAUCAGAGGAAGAGAACCAGCCACCUGCCCCAAAGUCUCGUAUGGCUCUGUCACUGAGCAGACUCCUCCGCAGAGGAUGCAAUGCCCCGUCUGUCUUUGCCAGCCUAUCCCCAAAAUGUGCUGUGGCUUCAGGAGGAGGCAAGGUACAGCCCCUUGGAGUGGAGCCGCUUGCACAACCCCAGCCCAGAAGAAUUGCAAACUUUUUUCAAAUCAAAGUUGACAUCCCACCUGAAUGCCGCAUCUACCCCAUUGAUUCAGAAGAUGAGGAGGAUGACAGUCCUGAUACAGCAAGAGGAGGUGUGAAAGAAAUCAUUUGUCCGUGGGAAACUGUCACCAAACAAGAAGGAACUGGAUAGAAGAGUCAUAGAUGAGUCAGUAGAGAGGAAGGAAAUACACUGAACCAAUACUUGUGUCAUAAAUAUUCUGUCUUACAACCCCGAGAAUGCUGUGGUAGUAAUGUAUGAAGUAACCUCAUCUCUAAUUGACCUGUCUGUUAUUUUUGAUAGCUAUUAGGUAGUGCCUACAUGUUAUUGCAGCCAAUGAUCUGGUUAUAAUAUGUUUAAAUGUUGGUUUUAUAUACAUAAAUUAGUAUUCUGAUGUCACUGUUCUUUUAUGACUGAAGGGGCCUUAUUUUAAGAGAUUUUUUUUGUUGUUUAUCAUCAUUUUGUUUAGUGGUUUGGACAAAAUAUUUUGUACUUGGCUUGUUCACUGUUUUAUAUAGCUGCAAAACAUGCAUAAAUGUGAAUUGCUUAAAGAAAUGUUAUUUUCAUAGAAGUAAAUCUAGUACGGCAGUAAAACGGAAAGUGGAAACACAUUUGCUGUCUGAAUGUAUAAAAUGUUUACAGUUCACUUCAGAAUGUGAAUUUGCUCAUGACUCAUGUUUAAAUUGUGUAAGUGCCUCAAUAAAUCAUUCAAAGAUAGUUAUUCUGAUGUGCAGUUGGUACAUGUGCUGUAUAUAUUCAGCAUCCAGUGUUAUCAUUUGUAUUAUUUUAUUCAUGUUUUGUUUCUUUUCUUAUAAAAUAUCCCUGCAGAGGAAACUGU